GAGCCCGAUGCAGAGCUCAAACCCACAGACUGCAAGACCAUGGCCUGAGCUGAAAUCAAGAGUCGGAUGCUCAACCAACUGAGCCACCCAGCCACCCCUUAGACCCCCAUCAUUUAAAGGCACACACCUACCCAAGUUUUAAUCCUGGAGUUAUAGAAUGGUAAAUCUGGAUCCUCUCAGGUUGCAAAUGCACAAACUGAGACCCAGACAUGGGCAAUCUCAUCCUCCUCCAGGGUCACACCGGUUGGGCCUGGAGUGCCUAUGUAACCAGAUUCUUGCUCACUCUGGGUUGGAUUUUGACACUGUUGACAGAAGUCAUGAUUUUGACACUGUUUGACAGAAGUCAUGAUUUGAGCCCCUCCUAAGUACAGGACUCUAUCAGAUGUUGCAGGUGCCGAGAGAGCUGCCCUCAAGAGCUUUUGGCCAGACAGGUAAUUACUACCCACUACAGGGGGAACUACAGUUGCUGGAAGGUGAGUUUGCCUCAAGACCGUGAAACUUUACGAAGUGCUCCCCUUGAUGGAAGGGGGCCCUGCCUGCAGAAACACCCAGAUGCCCAGCAGUCAAUCCAUGGUGAAGAAAUCAAAGAUGAGAGGCCAAGGAGUGAGGGAACAGGGUUGCCAGUUGGGCACACCCGACGCCCCUCCCAGAAACUUCCCAAGGAACAAGCCCAGAAAUUGGGCCUCUGCUGCCCUCUAAUGGAGGAAAGCCAGACUCUAGAGCUGCCUACCGGGGCCCAGCCGUCCUGGCUCUCCUAAAGAAAAGGGGACGUGAAGGACCUUCCUGCCCCCAGAAUUUUUAUUCCCUUAGAGUCUCGAGCUUCAUUUCCUACAGCCUCAGAAGCUGAAACUUCUCUCCUUCCAAGCGCCUCUGGCCAUCUUGUUUCCCGAUCACCACCCUCCAUCCUGUUUCCCCAGUUUCCUUUGUUGCCCAGGUUCUGAUUCUGGUACCCUGGUUCCCGGCCCUGCCAGAGUUCUGGUUCCAGAAGGCCCUUGCCAGGUGCCUUGGGCCUAGCUCCCACCUGGGAGCAAGGCAGCGCUGAAGACAUGGGCAUGAGCGUCCCCCAGUGCCUGGGGCAACUGCACAUCCGCAAGGGUGUAGUGGGCUUGGCCACAGGUGCUGGGUUCAUCUACCUGCUCUACAAGGCCAUCAAGGCUGGCAUAAAAUGCCAACCGCCCCUCUGCACCACCUCACCAAUCUGCAUCGCCCGUGAGUGUCCGGGCCCUGGGGAGAGGGCUCUGCCCCAGGAGGCACCUGCUCCCGAGGCCUCCAGUGUGGGAGGGCCCAAAGGCCUGGCAAUCGAGCGAGAGCGGCACGGGCGGGACUCAGGUGAGCUCCGGAGGCUCCUCAACUCUCUGGAGUGCAAACAGGAUGAGUACGCCAAGAGCAUGAUCCUGCACAGUAUCACGCGCUGUGUGUACUUGCUGGAGGCCGAGGCCUCUGCUUGUACUACUGAUGACAUCGCAUUGGUGGGCUCCAUGCUGGAUGACAAGGACAACAGUGUCAAAAUCCAAGCUCUGAACACACUUAAAGCUUUCUCUGGCAUCAGAAAAUUCAGGCUUAAAGUCCAGGAACACUCCAUCAAGGUCCUGGAACUGAUCGCCAGCAUCUGGGAUUCGGAGCUGCACAUUUCAGGCCUCAGACUCCUCAACAACCUCCCACUGCCUGACUAUGUGCAUCCACAGCUGAGACGGGUGAUGCCUGCCUUGAUGGAGAUCCUGCAGUCGGACUAUAUCCUGGCACAGGUGCAAGCCAUUCGAUUGCUGAGCUACCUGGCACAGAAGAACGACCUUCUCUAUGAUAUUCUCAACUGCCAGGUGCAUGCCAACUUCCUGAACCUGUUUCAGUCCACACAGCCAGGGAGUCUGCUGUUUGAGGUCCUGGUGUUUGCCGAGCGGCUAAGUGAGGGCCGGAAUUCACCCCACUACCGUGCCGUGAAGUGGCAUUACAAUGAACAGUCGCUGCACGAAGCUCUUUUUGGGGAUGAGUCACGACUGGCAGACCGGCUGCUCGCUCUGGUCAUCCACCCUGAGGAGGAGGUUCAGAUCCAGGCCUGCAAGGUCAUAGUCAGCCUGCAGUGCUCCCAGGAUGUGGGAGUCCGGCCCUCCGUCUGCCAGCCCAGCCGUUCCUACUUUAAUAGCGGGGAAUAAAAUUAAGGAGAGCCAAUAAAUGACUAUGGGAGAAAAGCGUGA